AUGGACAAAACAAAGUCAAGGCUUGCGGCCUUUUUUGACAACGACGACGAAGAGUCUUCGUUCCCACAAAAGGAGGUAGACGACCACAAGAAGUCGGUAUACACCCAAGGCACCGUCCGGAAGUCCAAACGCGAGAAAGAGAAGGAGGCCGCCGAGGCGAAGCGCAAGGAGGAAGAGGAGCACGCCGCGAAAGCGUACGCGGAGUUCCUCGACGCGUUCCAAGGAGAGGGCACGGACAGGAAGAAGGGCGCUUCGACGUUCGUACGUGCGGGCCAGGAUGCGGGGGGCUCUGCGUAUGUGCCGUCUGUCAAGCCCAAGGCGGACAUGUCGCGCGCAUUCGAGGAUACGUCCAUGGUCAGUCUUCCUCCGUCUCCUCCACCAGCCGCGCCGAAGCCCAAAGGAAAGCGUGCCAUGGACUCGUUCCUCGAGGAGAUCAAGAGAGAGCAAGCAGACCGUGAAGCAAGACUAUCACGUCAUGGUACGUCGCUGAAUGAAGUAUCGUAUACAGCAUAUGAAGGUCAAAGUGGCAGCAAGGACAGGGGAGAUCCAGAGACCUCCAACCUUUUUGUUGCCAACCUCCCGCAGCAUAUAAACGAGCAGGCAAUGGGAAAUUUCUUCGCUCGCGCUGGCCCUGUUGGUUCAAUUAAAAUCAUGUGGCCGCGCAGUGACGCCACGCAAGGCCCUGGCUCGGACAUGACCGCCACCAGAAGGAACAAGAACACAGGCCUCAGCGGCUUCGUGUCCUUCAUGAAACGUCGAGACGCAGAAACGGCACUACGAGAGUUCGAUGGGUACGAUUGGGGUGGAUCAGUCCUCCGAGUGGGAUGGAGCAAAGCAGUCCCGGUCGCCGCGAGGCCGAUGUAUGGUGCGUUUAUGCUCACCUUCGCGAAGACAAUUUCUAGGUCACCUUCCAGGUCGCGGUCCCCUGCUCGCAGGGACCGCGAACACGACCGACAUCGGUCAUACUCUCGAUCAAGAUCCCCUCAUCGCGACCGAGACGACCGUCGCUCUCGUGAUCAACAGCCAUCUCGUCGUUCUCGGAGCCGUUCGUACAGCCCAAGUCGAUCACGCUCACGCUCUCGCCACCACCGUUCAUACCGGCAUAGCAAAAGCCGAAGUCGGUCACCCCGACGACGAAAGUCGAGCCCAGCUGCCCAGGUUUUGGAGGACGACGAAGUCACGGAUGCGUUCAUCAGGACCGUCGCCUCCGAAAUGAGAGGUCACGACAAAGAGUACGAAGAGACGUUGCGGGAGCGAGAGAAAGCCAACUCCAAGUAUGCAUUCCUCAACAAAGAGCAUCGGCGUUACCGCUACUACCGCUCGCUUCUGGACCGCAAGGACGCGCCGGAUCCCGAGUUUAACGACGAGGGCUACAACUCCGUGUACUCUACAGACUCGGCCGAGGAGUCGGAACGAGAACGCGGUCGAAAGCACGUCUUGGGGAAGCUCGCCCGCAAACGGUUCGAGGCAAUGCUCCGUGCCCUAUCAGGCCGUCGCGGAGAAAUGGCGCGCUGCAUGGCGUUCAGCCUCGAGCAUGCCGAAGCCUCAGCAGAGGUCGCAGACAUCAUCAUCGCCUCGCUCGUCGUCGACGGCACCCCGGUCCCGCGCAAAGUCGCCCGCCUGCACCUCAUCUGCGACAUCCUCCACAACUCCGCCGCGCCGCUCCCGAUGGCCUGGCGGUUCCGGCAGGAGUUCCAGGCGCGGCUUGGGCUCGUCUUUGACCACCUCUCGACCAUCUACCACUCCUUCCCCGGGCGCAUCACCGCCGAGACGUUCAAGAAGCAGAUCACCGCCGUCGUCGACAUCUGGGAGGACUGGAUCGUCUUCCCGCCCGAGUACACCGCGCAGCUCCGUGCCCGUCUCGAGGGCGCGGCCACGAGUCCCGACGACGACGAGGAUGCGGGCCCUCUCGAGGAGGUGCGGGAGCGCGAGGCGGAGGCGGCCCCUGCGUUUGCAAAUCGGUUCAAGUCGAGCGCGUUCAAGCCUGCAUCGUCGGCGAUGGAACCCGUGCCGACGGAGGAGGAGGACGACGACGACGACGGGGAGCCGAUGGACGAAGACAGCGACGUGGAUGGCAAGCCUGUGGAUGACGACGUGGACGGGGAGCCUGUCGGAGACGAUGUGGAUGGAGAGCCGGUUGGGGACGACGUUGAUGGGGCUCAUAUGGACCUGGACGGGGCUCCAAUGGAGGACGUGGAUGGGGCGCCGAUGGAGGAUGUCGAUGGAGAACCCUUUGGCGACGUGGACGGCGACGCCAUCGACGUGGAUGGAGAGCCUGUGGCUGAUGUCGAUGGGGAGCCAGUCCGUGCGUAA